ACCAUGUCUAUCACGAUGGCACAAUCAUGCCUACUCUUUCAACAUUCACUCUUAUACACCAAAACCAAAUUUCCAAUUAUCUCAAAUUCUGUUAAGCCCUUCAAGCUACAAAACCCAUCAUCAUUUAACAAUAAUUCUUCAACAUUUUCGUGCUCUCUCCCUCUCACUAGUAGGAGAAGAACCCGCCAUUCUUCUUUUCUCACAUUUGCUGGUGAUGAAGGGAAUUCCGAGGAUCCAUAUAAGAGUUUGAAUGUCUUCAUUAGUAAUUUGCCUGAUGGUCUUAGGCUUGGGAAAUUGUCUAUGCUUUUUGAGGAGGUUGGGAUUGUAGAUGGUGCUUCGCUAAAUGCUGGUAAUGUUGAUGGAAAAAGUUUUGCAAGUGUAACUAUGAGUACAGUUGAAGAAGUUGAGAAGGCUAUCGAGAAAUUCAAUGGCUAUGUAUUAAAUGGAAAAUUGUUGACAGUUAGUAGGGAGAAACCAAAGCCUCGUCGUGCCUAUUAUAGUGCCCAUUUUUAUAUCAGCGUUAGCAACUUGCCGAAGGAUGUUGACAGUGGUCGCUUGGAGGAAAUUUUCAGCAAAUAUGGUCGGGUUUAUAAUGUUCGGAUAGACUAUAACGAACAGUUGGAUGAAUCAACUGGCUAUCUUACAAUGACCAAUGAGACUCAAAUGAAUAAUGCCAUUGCUGCUCUUGACGGUCAGAGCUUGGACGGGAAGGUAUUCAGAUUGUUUGUUGAAACUUUAGAGACCAAGAAAUGAGUGCAUGAAAUUUUCACUUUCAAAGUGAGUUGACGAUUUCAUAUUAGAUUUGCAUAUUUAAUUGUUAUUAACUAAUGCAAAUUAUUUUUUAAUUGUAUGUGGAAACUGUAACAGAAGGUAUUGUUGAUGAGAAAAAAUCAUGGUAUUUGAGUAUUUGGUUGAAGCUGUGUAAUUGAUGGUAUUGUAAUUUUGAUAUUUGUUUG